UAAAACGCUUCCCCGUUUUGACUGUCUAACUCGCCGUAAUUGGUUGCCGGUCAGUAACAACAUUGUCGUUGCUAUGGGCAACCGAGGCUGACAGAAAAGAUAGCAUGAUACUGCGCGGUUUUUUCUUCAAGUUUUAAGCGUCUGUAAUGGCAAAAGGAGACAAAAAUAAAAAGGAAAAAUCUGACGGAGGUACGGCGGAUGCGUUGCUUACUACUUUACCUGAAAACUGCUCCAUGUCGAGCGCUGCGUCGGAGGCUAACGGUGACCGAGAAGCGCCGCUGGAGCCCGUUUGUUUGUCAGCGCCUUCGCUGGACAGAGAGAACCGGCCUGAGUCGGAGCUUAAAGGGCCCUUUCUUGCUAACAUAAUUGUUCAGAGGUAUGAAGGUGAGAGGUGUGGAGAGCUUUUCCAUGGAAAAGGUGUCGUCAUCUUUCAGGGCGGUCAUGAAUACAAGGGAAGCUUUGCAGAGGGUUUGAUGCAUGGACAUGGCGAAUACAUAUGGGCAGACGGUAUAAAGUAUGAGGGAGACUUUGUAUCAAAUGCUCUGAUGGGACAUGGGACCUACAGCUGGACAGAUGGGAGCACCUAUGAGGGAGAGGUAUGCUAUGGCAUCCGUCAUGGAAUUGGAACUUAUAAAUGUGCCAAAACCUCUUCCGUUUACAAAGGCCAAUGGUACCGAGGUAAAAGACAUGGGAAGGGUACAAUAUAUUACAGUCAAGGUGUCGCAUCUUGGUAUGAAGGAGAUUGGGAAAACAAUUGUAGAGAAGGUUGGGGAAUGCGCUGUUAUCCAUCUGGAAACAUAUAUCAAGGGCAAUGGAAGAACAAUGUCCAACAUGGAGAAGGGACGAUGAGAUGGAUUCAGCUGGGGCAGCAAUACAGUGGGCAGUGGGUUAAUGGUGUCCAGCAUGGACAUGGGACGCACACAUGGUUCCUGAGGCGAGUUCCUGGCUCUCAGUACCCUCUCAGGAAUGAGUAUAAAGGAGAGUUUGUGCAGGGCUUGCGUCACGGACAAGGAACAUUCUCUUAUGCAAGUGGAGCAGUGUAUUCUGGCGAAUGGAAUCACAAUAAAAAGCAUGGUCAGGGGAAGUUCAUUUUCAAGAAUGGCCGCAUAUUUGAGGGGGAAUUUAUCAAUGAUCGUAUGGCUGAAUUUCCAGCAUUCUUCAUUGAUGGCACAAAGACUCCGGACCUGAGUGGAAUUAGAACACAUUCACCCCCUUCUGAUGGGAGUGACUUACCCAGAAGAGCCAAAAAGUCAGGUGGUACUGCCUCACUGCUUGGGCCUGACAUUGCUUUGAGCAUAGAGACACUGCUAAACCAAUUUCCUGAAGCACAGAGAGACCAGGAGCUCAGACAGGUAGAAUUUGCUAUAAUGAGGCACAUUACUUUGCUAAGGAUGAUCUACAGUUUCUACGGCAGCCUUGGUCAUGACCAUUCUCCAGACAACACUUUCCUGCUUACUCGCUUACAGUUCUGGCGCUUUCUCAAGGAUUGUGGUGUCCACCUGCAUGGAAUAACACUAGUACAGAUGGACCGCCUCAUCGAUGAUGAUACCUCUACAGAGAAGCUUCAUUCACCUUUCAGUACAAUGUUGCUGAGACAGUGUCUUAGUUAUAUUGUCAUUGCAGCAUAUCAUAUUUACCACAAAGACACCAGGACCUCUAAAAAUGUACUCGUUGAGUGUUUCUCCAAGCUCAUGAAACAAAACAUCAUUCCCAAUGCAAAGAAUGUAAAAGGGCCUCUUUUCUGCCACCAUCUCCGUGCUGUGAUUGGCUUAAACUAUAUUGACAGAUGCUGGGAGAUAUACCAGGUGUUCUGUAAAGCUAACAAUACUACUCUUUCUAACCAAACCAUGACUGCCAGGCACUUCAUCUGGAUGCUUAAGGAUCUUGGUCUCCUGGACAGUGAGCUGACUACAACCAGAAUGUUGGAGAUCCUUUCUUCGGAAAAUCCUGCAAUCUACAACUCUGCACAUGGCAACCUUGAUUUAGAGAUUACGUUCCUUGAGUUCUUUGAGGCUCUUCUGGGUUGUGUUGAGGUGAAGACAAUUGAUGGAAUCAAAACCUCUAAACAUUUCCGGUCUAAGCUGGUAUGUCAAGAUGAAACUGUCAGGACAUCGGGAGGUGAAAGGAGAGAAAGCCCCUUGCUUGGCAGGCAGGCUUCACCUCAUACGUGUGCAGAUGUUGAGUACAAGUCAACAGUCCAGUCCUCAAAUCUCAUUUCCCCUGGUGCUGGCAGUGCAAAAUCCCCAGGGAUCAGUCCUGUUCUUUUAGAGGCUGAGGAAGAGUUGAGGAAUGAAGAAGAGAACUGGAUCAAAAAGACCAACUGCUUCUUUACACAGAUAUUCUUCCCUGCUUAUAAACACAACCUUCUGUUGAGAGAAGAGGUGCAGGAGGAACGACUUAGACAGAGCACGAAGAACAGAACUGCCCUGGAAAAGGCCAAAGAGAAUGCUCGACUGAGAGAAGCAGAGCAAGAAGAGAGAUGCAGAGCAGAGGAAAAGGAGGAAGAAGAGAAGGGGAAUGUCCCAGAAGACCUGAAUCAUUCAACCCCUGCUCUUAUGACCCCUGUGGCAUUCUCCAACUCUGAGAGCCUGAAGCCAUCACCCCCAAGUGGGAGCAAAAAGAAGAAAAAUUAAAUGCAGAUAUGUUGAAAAUAGCUUGUU